AUGGCAAAACUUAACUACCACAUUUUGAGUGCUACGAUUGUGGUUAUUAGUUUGACUAAAGUUUUUGCCCUCACCGAUGAAGAUAAGGCUAUUGUAAGUGCGAUUAUGGCACCAAUCACAGCAGAUUGUUCUUCGGAGCACGGUGUAAGUGAGGGAGAGAUUAAAUCAGCAAAGGAUUCUUACAAUACAGAUGGUCUUAACUCCUGUUUCUUAGGAUGUGUCUUAAAGAAAACAGAAUUCAUCAACAGCAAAGGUCUUCUCGAUGUGGAGACAGGCCUCAAUAAAGCGAAAGGUCUGCUAAAAAACCACGAUGAAUUUGACAAAUUCGAAGAGAUUGGCAAAGUAUGCUCAAAAGUAAACGAGGAGUCCGUCGGCGAUGGUGAUUCAGGGUGUGAAAGAGCAAAACUGGCUUUUAAGUGCGCUAUUGAGAACAAACUUGAGAUCUUUUUUUAA